GGUAUUCUUGACAAUUACACUAAUUCCAAUGUCAUGCCCUGUUGAUGGGCUGUGGCCCUUAUCUUCAUUUGUAGUGACCCCACUGGAUUGCUUGAGCUGUCCAUCGUGGAUGUCAUGAUGCUCAGAGUCAAUCGCAGCUUUUGGGUCCACCAUGUCAGGGAUGUCAAAGGCCGCCAGCAGGUCAUCAAAGUCUGGUGUCUUCAUAUCUCCCAUGGUCCUGCUCCUGUUCUGAUGUGGAGAUCACCUGGGGAAUUUUGCCUACACACCAGGAAAUGUUACCUCCACCCUCCCUGGAAGUGCUCUCUUGCUGCCAGCUCUCCAGAAAACUGCGCCAACCCUACACGUCAAGCCUUACAGUUCCUUUGAAACCGGCACCACCAGAUCCAGUAAUGGUGUCUUUCCCUGGGCCUUAAGCAACACACGAGAGGAACCAACGUGUUGCUUGAUGAAUUAAUAAACUGUGAUGCUGAGCAGGAAUCCGACAUUCGUCUCCUGAUAACAUGGGCGAAGGGUCCUUUCGCCUUCCAUUAACUUCCAGACCAGUGUGGCCACUUCUUAUUCUGCUGGCUUCAUGUAUCUGCGUGUUGAACUGUUCACAAAGUCCAGCUGCAGCUAUCGUUGGAAAAAUCUACCCACGAGGCAAUCACUGGGCAGUAGGUCAUUUAAUGGGAAAGAAGAGCCUGUCUGAGCUGCAGGAAAUGAACCGUGACAGUGACUACCUCACACCCUCCGACACAGAGCUGGGUCAAUAUGAGCCACUGAUGAAGGCUCUGAUGCAACAAAGGAACCAAAAGCAGAAGCCACAACCUGCAGACAGGCUGCUGCACCUGGACAGCAGCUGGAGAAAAGAGAACAAAUAUCUCAAAGAGGUGUCAGAACUGCUCCUUCUGGCUCUGAGACUGCGAGGCAAUGACUCCACUUGAAGGCAAGAUGGAUCAUGUUUGAAGAAACAUCUACUCCACUAAACCCUUGCCCUGUAAUCCAUACUGAAAUGUUUUUUCUGUUGUAAGAAAAUGAAGUUUAUUUAAUCAUUCAUUUCAACGUUCUGAUUAUGACGAUCAUGUUGGAUUGCUGACUGGCCUGUAUAAAUGUAAUGUGUGUGAUAUCUGCACUGGCAUUGCUUCAUGAUAAUUUUACACAGCAGCUGUGGCUCUGGUCACUCUACCAGUGCAGUAACUGGCUUGUACCACCAGAUGGCACAAAAUAUACAUUUUUGA